CGGGACACCGACGCAUGCGCACCGUGCUCUCGACGAGGCGGCCCUGGUGCUGGUGGCGGCUGCUGCGGUGUCUGUGGGACGGAGGCGGUGGAAGUGCCAUCUUCGGCUCUGUUGGCCCAAACUGCGGCUCAUGGCAUUGAGUGGCAUCCGUCGUCAGAUCAUUAACUGAAGACAAAAUAAACAACUAUGCAAAAUUCUCACAUGGAUGAGUACAGAAAUUCUAGUAAUGGCAGCACAGGCAACAGUUCAGAGGUAGUGGUGGAACAAUCAGCUGAUUUCAGUACUGAGAUAAUGAAUGUUACCGAAAUGGAACAGUCCCCUGAUGGAUCUCCUAAUGUGAAUGCAACUGCAGAAGAAAAUGAAAUAGCAAAUGCUGUGGACCUUCCAGUGACAGAAACGGAAGCAAACUUCCCUCCAGAAUAUGAAAAAUUCUGGAAAGCUGUAGAAAACAAUCCUCAGGAUUUUACAGGCUGGGUAUAUUUGCUUCAGUAUGUAGAACAGGAGAAUCACUUGAUGGCUGCCAGGAAAGCGUUUGACAAAUUUUUCAUACACUAUCCGUAUUGCUAUGGUUACUGGAAAAAGUAUGCAGACCUUGAAAAGCGGCAUGACAACAUUAAACAGUCAGAUGAGGUGUAUCGUCGGGGGCUUCAGGCAAUACCUCUUAGUGUUGACCUAUGGAUACAUUAUAUAAACUUCUUAAAAGAAACAGUGGACCCUGGUGACCCUGAGACAAACAGUACAAUAAGAGGAACUUUCGAGCAUGCUGUUCUAGCUGCAGGAACAGAUUUCCGAUCUGACAGACUGUGGGAAAUGUAUAUUAACUGGGAAAAUGAACAGGGAAACCUGAGAGAAGUUACAGCUAUAUAUGAUCGUAUUCUUGGUAUUCCAACACAGCUGUAUAGUCACCAUUUUCAGAGAUUUAAAGAACAUGUACAGAAUAACUUGCCUAGAGAUCUGCUCACUGGCGAACAGUUUAUUCAGCUGCGAAGGGAAUUAGCUUCUGUAAACGGACAUAGUGGUGAUGACGGUCCUCCUGGUGAUGACCUGCCGUCGGGCAUUGAAGACAUUACUGACCCAGCGAAGCUAAUUACAGAAAUAGAAAACAUGAGACAUAGAAUCAUUGAAAUUCAUCAAGAAAUGUUUAAUUAUAAUGAGCAUGAAGUUAGUAAAAGGUGGACAUUUGAAGAAGGUAUUAAAAGACCUUAUUUUCAUGUGAAACCAUUGGAAAAGGCACAGCUAAAAAACUGGAAAGAAUACUUAGAAUUUGAAAUUGAAAAUGGGACUCAUGAACGAGUUGUGGUUCUCUUCGAAAGAUGUGUCAUAUCAUGUGCCCUCUAUGAGGAGUUUUGGAUUAAGUAUGCCAAGUACAUGGAAAACCAUAGCACUGAAGGAGUGAGGCAUGUCUUCAGCAGAGCUUGCACUAUUCAUCUCCCAAAGAAACCCAUGGUGCAUAUGCUUUGGGCAGCUUUUGAGGAACAGCAGGGUAAUAUUAACGAAGCCAGGAAUAUCUUGAGAACAUUUGAAGAAUGUGUUCUAGGAUUGGCAAUGGUUCGUUUGAGAAGAGUAAGUUUAGAACGACGGCAUGGAAAUAUGGAAGAAGCUGAACAUUUGCUUCAGGAUGCCAUUAAGAAUGCCAAAUCAAAUAAUGAAUCAUCGUUUUAUGCUAUCAAACUAGCCCGGCAUCUUUUCAAAAUACAAAAAAACCUUCCAAAAUCAAGAAAGGUGCUUUUGGAAGCAAUCGAAAGAGACAAAGAAAAUACAAAGUUAUACCUCAAUUUACUUGAAAUGGAAUAUAGUGGUGACCUCAAACAAAAUGAAGAAAAUAUCCUAAAUUGUUUUGACAAAGCUAUACAUGGUUCAUUACCUAUUAAAAUGAGAAUUACAUUUUCUCAGAGAAAAGUGGAAUUUCUUGAAGAUUUUGGUUCAGAUGUUAAUAAGCUUCUAAAUGCUUAUGAUGAACAUCAAACACUCCUAAAAGAACAGGAUUCUUUAAAAAGGAAAGCAGAAAAUGGAUCAGAAGAACCCGAGGAAAAGAAAGUUCACACAGAAGAUACAACUCCAUCGUCUACACAAAUGAUUGAUGGUGAUUUACAGGCAAAUCAAGCUGCAUAUAAUUAUAGUGCCUGGUAUCAAUACAAUUAUCAGAAUCCUUGGAAUUAUGGACAGUAUUACCCUCCCCCUCCAACCUGAUGAGAAAAUAUAUCAGAUGGAAUGUGUGAAAAAUACGAAAUUAUUUUUUUUUAAUGAGGGAUGUAAACAUAGCAUAAACUUGUUGUAUUUGAUAACUUGUCUUCCUGUUUCUGUGUAACAUGAUUUGUUUAGUAAUAGGGGAAAAUGUCAGUAGCUUACCACAGAUACUAUUUCCUACCAUUUAUAAAAUUUACUUUUUAUUGGAGAACUAUUUUUUUGAUUUUUGCAUUAAGUGGUCUAGAAUUCUUUUGCAAUGCAUUUGCAACAGAGUUUUGUAGCCUUAAGGGGUAGGAAAAAAACAACUGACUGCAAAUCAUGUCAGUGUAGUACAAGAUUCUGAAAAUACAUAAGGGCUGGUUAUUAAGUAAUGAUUUACCUCUGUAAAAAAAAUGGAUUUUUAACCUUUGAUGACAAGGUUUUGUCUGUUUCAUUUAUUCUUGUGAAUUUGGAUUUAACUGCAGAAAAUAUACACUAUUAAAUACUAUGUCUUGGGAUAGAGAUUAUAAAUGAAAAAUGGAAUGUUUGCAUCCCUUUUAAAAAAUGAAAAUCAUAUCAAAAGUAUGUUGUUUCAGGAGACUUUGUAUUUAGAAUAUUCAUGUAAAACUUGUGAGCAAGCUUUCAUUUUGAUCAAACUGAUCAUCUUCAUUUUUGUAAUAAAACUGAAGACUCCUCAACAAA